AUGACCUUCAUCUCAAAUGAUCCCAGUUACUGGCCGCAUGUCAAUUCGAAUGUUUUUUUGAGCUAUUGGACAGUUGCCGCGGUCGUCGUGAUGGUAUACGAUUGGGUCUUAACACUCAGCGGAGAGAUUGAACUCAUCUGGGUGAGUGACAAGAGUUCCGUAUCAGAAGAAUGCAAUCAAUUCGCUGCAGAGAAAACACUGGUCUCUCAUUACCGUGCUGUAUUUAAUUAUACGCUAUAUUGGAAUACCAUAUUCUGUUAUCUCUGUUCUACAAUAUAUGCCAUCGGUAUCGCUGACAGAUGGAGUGCCAUCACGGACUACGCAGUAAAUGGCUCAAUUGUGAUUUUGACUGACAUGUUGGGUGUCAUCAUGAUUUCUCGGUUGCAUGCCAUGUAUCAGGGAUCUAGAAAGAUGCUUAUGUUCCUUGUUAUUAUCUUCCUGGCUGUAAACAUAUUUUGCGCAGUAAUCGUGGCAAUAGCACUCCACGAGACCGUAAUGGAGGAGUUAAUACUCUCUGGCAUGCAUACGUGCGAUUAUGGGAUUGGUAGCGAUGAGCGGCUUCUUAUUUCAAUAGCCUGGGGGCUCAACACUGUUUGGGAGGUCCUCGCACUGUGCCUUUCUGUCUGGGUUGCUGUGAAACACUUCCGUGACCUGCGACAACUCGGCCCAUCGACAGGAUCGACCAUCGGGGACUGGUUCAGAGUGCUGAUACAAUCUCACGCACUUUAUUUUGCAAGCUUUGUUGGUGUCUCUUGCCUCCAUCUUGCUGCUCUCUCUCCAGAAAUCGCGAAAUCAGAUCUUGGAAUUUCGAUACUCGGUAGUGCUCUUCAAAUUUUUAUGGUCAUUCAGAUGUUUGUGCUGGGACCACGCCUCAUCCUGAGCAUUCGAGAACACCAUGCCAAAAUCGUGGCAUACUCCGACGCAGAAACUACCAUGAAUUCGAUUGUAUUCCAGGAAGAUGUACAUGGAUCUACUAGCAGUACUGUAUAG